UACGAUUUGUCUAGGUAUGAUAUUUUCUUGAUGGGUGUUUUUGUUUCCGAGAGACCGUGAUCUGUAGUAGUUUUAUAAUAUAUUUGAAUAUGGCUCAGAACGAAUUUAAGGUUAUUGAUUUCAAUUUUGAAUGGAAAAUCGAAAGAUUUUUUAGUUUUUUCGAAAACUGUAACUCGAUUGAGAGUCCCCAUCUAUCAAUAAGCGCGUUCCAUAGCAUUUACUUCACACUGGCAAUUGAGGAGCCAAAACAUAUUGUAGUAACCGUUCAGAAAAGUGAAGAUCUUAAACUUAAACUGAGUGAAAUUGACAUAAAUUUAAGUGACACAAACGAACAUGAACUGGAAUUUUUUACGUCAAUCCAAGCUGAAAAAAAUGCAUAUGUUAUCAGUACGUCAAAACAACUUUCUCCUUCCUUCAAAUCAAAUAGACAGAACAGACAUUUGUCAGUUAAAUGUCACAUGUUUUUUGGAGAAGCUGUAAUUCAGUCUGACAAUAAUGAUUCCGAUGCGCUAGAGUUGUUGAAGCUUUCUCGUGACAUAAGGAAGCUUAAUGAUUGUGAAGAGUUUUCUGACAUCAAGCUGCAAGUGGGAGAUUCUACAUUUAAUGUUCACAGAGCCAUUUUGUCAGCGAGAGCACCGAAUUUGCUAAAGGAGUCAGUUUUGAUUACUGACGUGCUAAACAUAAACCAUGUUACCAACAUUUCUUCUCCGGUAUUUAAGCUUCUCAUGAAAUACAUCUAUUGUGUGAAGCUGGAUACACCAAAUUUCCAGUUGCCUUCUGGAUUGCUAAAAGUAGUCGAUAAGCUCAAGUUAGAUAGCAUGAAAAGGAAGUUUAGCGUGUAUCCUAAUCAAAUCAAACUGGAUACACGCCAGUCUUGCAGCCAAACUUCAUUCACAUGGUCUGUGGAAAAUAUAAGCUCUAUGAAGUUUCAAUCACCGAAACAUGUGAAAUUCAGUCCAGUGUUUCAAUCCAGCUGUGAGAAUGUCUGCCAAUCCGAAAUGAAUUUGGAAGUCGUCAAACUUGCGGAAGGUUCUGAGGAAGACAUUUAUUUCAACGUUGCCCUCAGGUACUGCUUUGAUAAUUCUUCGAAUGUGUAUUUUGUCAAAACAAAAACCUCCAUAUUGGAUAUUUUCGGUGAAUUGAGCAACUCUCAGGAAUAUCGAUUCCAGGUGGAUAAGUCGAAGUUGCAUUCAGAGAUAUCGACGUGGGUGUACAGAAUUCGCAAGAUUGACCUAGAUUUAGAGGAGGAAGUAUUUCUUCCAAAAGAUACUCUGACGUUUGUGUUUGACCUGACUAUCUGCAAGGCAGAUUUCAACAUCGAAGGCAGCGCUUAUACUGGAGAUUCUUUUCCUGACAUGAAUUUCGAUAUUGAAGAUAGACGUCAACUAAGCUUGGAUUUGGAACAACUAUAUACCACUAAAGAAUAUUCGGAUUUUACAUUGGCAGCGGGGACUGAACUGAUUAAGGUUCACAAAAUCGUUUUGUUUGCGCGAGCUCCGAAGUUUCUAAAUACCGAGAGUACAGAGUCGAUGGUUCGAAACAUAACUGAUGUAGAUCCGAAUGUAUUGCAGAUUCUGCUUAAAUAUUUAUAUACAGCUAAGUUGCCAGAACUGACUAGUGGCUUGGCAAUUAAACUGUAUCUAGCUGCAUACAGUUACGAAAUUUCACUUCUGAGGCAACGCUGUUUAAAUUUUGUGAAAAAUAACCUGGUGUUUUGAAAUAGAAUAGAAUUCGCUGUCAAAAGUCAAUGAAGUUGAAUAGAAUUCGCUGUCAUAACAUCACCUUCAUGUAGUCUAACUUUUCUAACUUUAUAUGCUAGUUAUUUGAUUAAUAUUUGAAUGUUUAAUUCUGGGUAUAUUUAAAUUAUUAUUUAUUCGCACUAUGAUUUUUUUUAAAUUGAUAAAAAUGCACAAAAUUUUUCAUAUGAUAAGCUAUCAGUUAAUAUAAACUAAAAGUGUGUCAAAUUCGAUUAUCAGAAUUUACAAUCUUUCAUCACUCUUUUAGUACAACUACUAAAGCGUAAUUUCUCUUUUUUUUAUUUUAUUAAAAAAAAAAGCUAAAACUGAUUUGGAUAUUUUGACAUGACUUGGUGUAUUAUAAAUACAAGUUAGAGAAACGUUUUAAAAUUUCGCCCUUUAAAAAAUCGCUUUAAAAAAAAGGAUUAUUUUUUACUGUAAAAUAUUGAUAUUCAAUGAAAUAUUAAUAGUUUUUAAAAGAGAUACCAUUUUUAAACAAUAGUUUCUAAACUGUGUCAAAUUCAAAAAUUAAUUUUUCUUUUUAAAUUAAAAAGAACUAUUAGUUUGUUCGUUUCAACUCUGAGGAAAAACUAUUGUUAAUUAAAAUUUAUAAUAUUUAAAUAUUUGUAUAAAAUCGUCCGCUAUUCAUUUGAUAAAAAUACAAAAAAAAUGCAGUUUUGAAAAAUUGUUUGAUAUUUCAAAGCCUUAAAGCAGUUAAGCAUUAAAGCGUAUUUUUUAAGUUGUAUUUUUGUGGCAAUAAGUCCGUUAAUCCCGAAUUGAUUAAAACGUCAUAAAUGUCUUUUAUUUUUUACUCAAUUGAAUGAGUUAUUAAGAGAAAUGCUUUAUAAAAAUAUAUAGAUGUCACAUUUGUUUGUUUCCUUACCUUUCAUUUUUAUUUUUUAUUUUGGUAUUUUAUCUUUUUUGUCUCCUUUUUGUUAGUUUCAUUACAAAUGUCUGUUAUAUUUGCAGUAAAAACAACAUUUAACUUUGUA